UCCUGCACCCGCUUUCUGCCGUCGCCCUCGCUUGCCCCGUCUCGAUUCCACGGAGCCCCGGAGGGGAAGCGCUCGCGGCCAGCCCGGGGUCCGGCUUGGGGGCGGAGAAGAUGGCUGGCGGGCGCCUGCUUUUGGGGGGCGACUUCCUGUCGCCGCCGCCGCUGCCGCCCCUCCCGCCGCCGCCGCUGCCCCCCCUCCCGCCGCCCCCGCCCGAGCCGGUGCUGGAGCAGUGGCGCUACAGCCACGAGAGCGACUGGCACUGGGCGCUGCGCCGCAGCUUCAUCUGCCGUCACCUGCACAGCUACCCGGGGGCCGCGCUCGACCAGCUCCUGGCGCUGUCCGCCGCCUGGACCAACCACGUCUUCCUGGGGUGCAGGUAUAGCCCACGCUUGAUGGAAAAAAUUCUCCAAAUGGCUGAAGGUAUCGAUAUUGGGGAGAUGCCCUCCUAUGACCUUGUGCUGGCCAAAUCUUCCAAAGGUCAGAAGCGCCAUCUCCCAUCGUCCUGUGAUGGUCAGAACCCUCCUAAAAAGCAAGCUGUUUCCAAGUUUCAAGCAAGACCACGUUUUGAGCCCGUGCAUUUUGUUGCUAGUAGUUCCAACGAGGAGCGCCAAGAAGCUUCAGACCCUCCCAUGAAAGAGGCCCAGGAGCCCACACAGUGCCCCCAGGUGCCAAGCAACGCUUUCCAAGAUUAUACUCAAGACUCCUUCAGCGUACAGGAUGGGAAUUCUCAGUAUUGCGAUGCGUCCGGCUUCAUUUUCACGAAAGACCAGUCGGUGACGGCCCACAUGCAGCCUCCUUUUGAUGGCGCCAAGCCCACUGCCAGCAGCACCCCCCAACCAGCCAAAGCCCAGUCGGCCCCCCCAGAGCCUGCCACCUCACAGACAUUCCCAGAGUCAGUGGUGGCCGAGAAGCAGUAUUUUAUCGAGAAGCUCACCGCCACCAUCUGGAAGAACCUCUCCAAUCCCGAGAUGACGGCUGGCUCCGACAAAAUCAACUACACAUACAUGUUGACGCGGUGCAUCCAGGCCUGUAAGACCAACCCCGAGUACAUCUACGCGCCUUUGAAAGAAAUCCCACCCGCUGAUAUCCCCAAGAGCAAAAAACUUCUCAUCGACGGCUAUGCCUGCGAAGUACGCUGCCAAAACAUCUACCUGACCACAGGCUACGCUGGCAGCAAGAAUGGCUCCCGGGAUCGGGCCACUGAGCUGGCCAUCAGGCUCCUGCAGAAGCGCAUUGAGGUACGGGUGAUACGCCGGAAAUUCAAGCACACUUUCGGUGAGGACCUGGUGGUGUGCCAGGUGGGCUCGCUCUCCUGUGACUUCCCUCCGGCCCUGAAGCCACCUGAGGACCUGGUGGUGCUGACCAGAGAUGCUUCGGGCCAGCCCAUCUACAGCGCCUCAGCCAAGCACUGGACCAACUUCAUCCUCACCGAGAAUGCCAACGACGCCAUCGGCAUCCUCAACAACUCGGCCUCGUUCAACAAGAUGUCCGUCGAGUACAAGUAUGAGAUGAUGCCAAACCGGACCUGGCGCUGCCAGGUGUUCCUACAGGACCACUGCCUGGCCGAGGGCUAUGGCACCAAGAAGACCAGCAAGCACGCAGCGGCUGAUGAGGCCUUGAAGAUCCUGCAGAAGACCCAGCCCACCUACCCUCCCGUCAAAAGCACCCAGUGCUCCAGCGGCUCAUGCCCUCGGGGCUCAGGGAAGAAGAAGGACAUCAAGGACCUGGUGGUGUACGAGAACUCCACCAACCCCGUGUGCACGCUCAACGACACGGCCCAGUUCAACCGCAUGACCAUUGAGUACGUCUACGAGCGCAUGACGGGCCUGCGGUGGAAAUGCAAGGUGGUGCUGGAGAGCGAGGUCAUCGCCGAGGCCGUGGGGGUGAAGAAGACGGUCAAGUAUGAGGCUGCCGGGGAGGCGGUGAAGCUGCUCAAGAAGACGCAGCCCACGGUCAUCAACAACCUGAAAAAGGGCGCCGUCGAGGAUGUCAUCUCCCGGAACGAGAUCCGGGGCCGCUCGGCCGAGGAGGCCUACAAGCAGCAGAUCCGCGAGGACAACAUCGGCAACCAGCUGCUGCGCAAGAUGGGGUGGACUGGCGGGGGACUGGGCAAGUCAGGCGAGGGCAUCCGGGAGCCCAUCUCAGUCAAGGAGCAGCACAAGCGCGAAGGGCUGGGUCUGGACGUGGAGCGGGUGAACCGGAUCGCCAAGCGGGACAUCGAGCAGAUCAUCCGCAACUACGCCCGGUCCGACAGCCACUCGGACUUGACUUUCUCCACCGAGCUGACCAACGAUGAGAGGAAGCAGAUCCACCAGAUCGCCCAAAAGUAUGGCCUGAAGAGCAAGUCGCACGGCGUCGGCCAUGACCGCUACCUGGUGGUGGGGAGGAAGCGACGGAAGGAAGAUUUGCUGGAUCAGCUCAAGCAGGAAGGCCAGGUGGGCCACUAUGAGCUGGUGAUGCCCCAAGCCAACUGAGCACCCCGUAAUGUUGCGGGGGAACGCCCCACCGGACCGCUUGAGGAUUCACGAAAGGCUACCCGGUCCGGUGGCCAAGAAAGUAGACGCGUUCUGAAGAUCUGUCACCUCGUUCAUUCCCUCUAGUGCUUUAUUAGCUAUGGACCUCCACAGACUCCUGGCCACCCGAAUCACCUUACUCCAGCAGACAUCUGUGCGGUUCCUGUCUGUCUCUUUGAUACUGCUGUGUCCGUCCCUGGGAUUGGACGAGUUUGCACAAAGCCAGCAUACACGUCCAUCAGGAUUUUUAACCUCGAGAUAGACAUUUUCACUCUCCAGGGCAUACAGAGCACAGUCCUCUGUAACAAGUCUGUACCAUUUGGUCUUGACUACAAGCAAACUUCCAUCUGUUCCAAACUUCAUGGCAAAAUCAGGUCCCAAAUCAUUUUUGUGUUACCUAGUUUCUUCAUCGCGGUGCCAGUUGUAGCUCAUUUUCCAAGUCCCCCUGU